AUGUCAGAAAUAAAAGCAAGAAAGAUGCAAAUGCGUUGGUUGGAUAUGCGGGAAGCGUGGCAGACUCCGCAAAACAUAAAUCAAAAUUGUCAAAAUUGUCAAAACGAAAACGAUCAUAGGGAGAAAGAAAUCCAAAGGCAAAUCGAUGCACUCAUAGAGCUGAAAUGUAAACAAUUAGGUAAAGGAUUCAAUAGCAAAUACAAUGCCCUUCAUCUAGAGCAGUGGAUGAAAGGACAGUUAAAUCGCGAGCAAACUGCAGAAACUCCAGAGGAAGAAAAAGAAUGCUUGCUUGAAGAGUGGACGGAGGAGAUGUUAAGAAAGAGAUCGGAAGAACUGCAGCUGAUAGAUUCUGAAGGUAAUAUUCAAACCAAAGAUAUAAAGGAAGUUCCAAGGAAAAGCGAAAAUGGUUGUGAUGAGGGGGUGCUAUCAGAAAAUGACCAUAGUCCGUCCAAAAGUACAACAACUGAAAGCCAGAUAACAGUCCGAUCAAGCCCUUUAGUGCCAGAAACAGUCCCAGUUUGUCGACAGUGUCAUAAGACAUGCCUCAGUAGUAACGGAACAAUGAAUGGUAGUACAAAGAAUUUAAACGGAUGCAACAUUAACAGAAACAUUGCAUCAAGACUUAAUAAUAACCUCGUAAAAGAUAAAAACGAUAAUGAUGAGGAUGAUUGGCAAGCCUUUAUGCUAGUAGGUCUAAUGCCUAACCCUGCAGCCAGUUUAGUUCAUAUUGACCCGUUUUCAGUUCCUCCAGUUCCUAAAAUCUCAGUAGUGCCUGCAACACCAGAGAGCUCUAUCUCCAAAACAACGAGCUCUGAUACUAAAAAUGUGGAUAGUUCUUGCUUGUGCCAAAGCGACAAUCUUAACGGUUUGGAGAAUCACCGUAUUCCAAAUGAGAACGAGAAAUCCCCUGACGAUUCUCCAGAAUCUGAAGAACACCCAUAUCACUCCUUAAGCAGUUCCGUGGCAACACUUAGAAGAUUUGGCACAGUUUCAAGCUUGGAAAGAGUAGCAUCAGAAGAAAAAGAUGAAAUUUACGAAAAUAAUAUUGAUGAUAAUACGGAAGAGGAAGUGGAAGAAGAAGAAGUAGACGAAAAUGGAAUUGACAAUGAAGCGUUUAACCAUUCAGCGAUUCGGCACUGGACGUUACGCGCUGGUUCAUUUGUGGCGGAGAAGAUGGCGUUUCUGGAGAGGCUAGGGGAGGAUUAUAGAACACCCAAUGAUGGGUCAAUGUCUUCUGAUUACGGUGACGAGACUGAGUUGAUGAUGGAUGAACUACUGAUGACUCCUCCAAUUAGUGGUGCUAUUAUGCGGGGUCUUCUUCCUAGAAGGACAUUAGAGCCACUAAUAGAAGAAGAAUGUUCGGAAACUUCCUCUACGUCUUCAAUAGAAUCCAAAAGUGAGCCAUCGGUUUCACCUACCGAACAGGGCAACGGAACUGGAGAUGCUGCUGACACAUGUUCGGCUGUUGCGGAAAGUCUCUGCUCGACGAGGGAUCCCCGAAGUCUCGAUACCGAUUCAAAACUAGAAGAAGACGAGACAAAAGAGGCGGAAGCGGUAGCGGCGGCGAGUACGCAAACGUCUGCCGGUUCGACUCCGACGACGGAAGCACCUACGGCGACGAUCAAGAUCCACCGGUCGGAAAGCUAUCGCCAUAUUAUCGAGGCUGCCGAAAACGAAGGAAACGAAGAACGAAACGUCUACUUCUUCAGUCGCUUCCGGCCGGCCGCCAAGUUUGUAAAUAUUGAACGAGUGCCCAGAUCAAAAAGUAUUAGAAUUUUUGAGUUUUUUAAUAUGCGUAAACCAGAAAGAAGAAUAUACGAAACUUACCCAGAUGGUGGACAGCUGUUCAAAGUAUUUAACAGCGAAGAACCCCAGCUAGAAGACUCUCAAACCUUGAGUUCUCCCAAACAAUUGUCACCUAGACGACUUAAGGACAAACAACUAGACCGAAGAUUUUGGAAACAACUUAGUAGGAGAAGAGGAAGCAAAGGGAAUGUUCCGGCCUAA